AUGCAGACAAUUGUCGCCUUGGUCCUGAUUGGUACGGUGUUCGCCGCCGGGCUUGAGAAGCAAUCGGCCCACUCUCAGCAUUACAACCCGGAAGGGCCUAGGUAUUGCAAGCAUCGCUACAACAUUGAGGACAUGGAGGCUUGCCCCGGAUCCGAUCCAACCUACCCAACGUGCGUGCGUGAGGUGGACAUGUGCAAUGGAUUGGUUGACUGCCCGAAUGGCGCUGAUGAGGAUGCCGACUACUGCUUCCUCCACACACUGAACCGCAUGGCUCUGAAGCCAAUCAAGCUGGCCAUGCAAGACCUGUAUGAAAAGAUGCCGAAAGAGUACAAGGCUCGCCACGGCCAUGCUGAUGACCACCGACCUACUGAUAAAAUCGAAAGCGUCGACGCACAAGGUCUCGUCUGGACCGAUAUCACUGAGGAUGAUGAAAAGUACGAC